UUUUCCGUCCUCCCUUCUUGCCGCUCGCCGCGAGUGUCUCUUGGGCGCUGCCUGCCGCGCGGUCGCCUGCGCCCCUCGUAACCAUGCCUCGCAAGAUUGAAGAAAUCAAGGACUUUCUGCUCACGGCCAGGCGAAAGGAUGCCAAGUCCGUCAAGAUCAAGAAAAAUAAGGAUAAUGUGAAGUUUAAAGUCCGAUGCAGCAGGUACCUUUACACUUUGGUCAUCACAGACAAAGAGAAGGCAGAGAAACUGAAGCAGUCCCUGCCCCCAGGUUUGGCAGUAAAGGAGCUGAAAUGAACCCGGCACACUGAUUGGAACUGUAUUAAAGUUUUUAAAA